AUGUUUUUGCUAAGCAAAGUCGCCGGCUAUUUCAAUGGAGGGACUUCGAGUGUCGAAGAGAGAAAACUUUUGGUGAAGAUCGACUGGUUCGUACUUUCCUUCUGCUGCUUGCUUUAUUGGGUCAACUAUUUGGACAGACUCAACUUGAGCAAUGCCUAUGUCAGUGGAAUGAAAGAGGAUUUGAACAUGAAGGGUGAUGACCUCAACUUGAUCAAUACAUGUUUCAACAUUGGCUACAUUGUUGCGUUGGUUCCGCACAACCUUAUUCUUCUCAAAGUUCGUCCAAGGUACUGGUUACCGUUCUGUUCUUUCAGCUGGGGUCUUCUUACUUUGGGGAUGUACAAAGUCACCUCUUACAAGCAAUUGUGCGUCAUUCGGUUCUUUCAAGCGACGUUCGAAGCUCUGACAUUUUCUGGAUGUCACUUGAUUCUCGCAUCUUGGUACACUGAAAGCGAGUUGGCAAAAAGGUCAGCAAUUUUCACCUCCAGUGGAUUAAUUGGAAACAUCUUCUCUUCCACCAUGCAAGCUUCGAUCUACGAAAAUAUGGACAUGAAAAACGGUCUUGCCGGAUGGCGAUGGUUGUUCAUUAUUGAUUUUAUCAUCACAGUACCCAUCACUAUCUAUGGUUUAAUCUGUUUUCCUGAUACGCCUGACACAUGCCAGGCUUUUUAUUUCAACGACAAGGAAAUAGCCUUGGCCAAAAGCAGAAUGAAGGUCAGAGAGAAAACAAAAAUGGACUGGUCUGUGUUCAAACGUGUUCUUGGCCGCUGGCACUGGUACCUCUUUUCUUUCCUUUGGGUUCUCGGAGGUGAAAAUGAAUCUUUUGCCACAAACUCCUUGUUUUCGCUUUGGUUGCAGUACUUCAACUACACCGUUCCUCAAAGAAACCAUUACCCGAUGGGAGUGUAUGCCAUUGGAGUUUUGGGAAACUUCAUAUGCUGCUAUUAUAUUGAUCUCACCAAGGGAAAGUACCAUUGGCGAGCCGGCCUCGGGAUAGCUUGCAUGAUGCUUAUAUCAACGAUUCUUCUCACGUCUAACCCGCUUUCCAAAUCUCAUGUCUUUGCUGCUCAUUAUCUUAGUGGGUUUGCAUAUUCUGGACAGGCGGUUUUCUUUGCGUGGGCCAACGUCGUGUGCUAUAAUGACUUGGAAGAAAGGGCAAUCGUUCUAGCUUCCAUGAACAUGUUCAGCAAUGCUGUGAAUGCAUGGUGGCUGUUGCUCUUUUAUGGGGCAUCCACGGCUCCCAAAUUCAAGAAAGGUUGCUAUGCCAUGUUUGCGACAGUGAUAUCCAGUGCCAUAGUGAUAUGCGCAAUGCGGUACUUGCAACUACGGGAGGAGAAACGCCAGCCCGAGGAAGAAAUGUCGCCUACAGAAAGCGAGUCUGGUGCAUCUUUGACUAAGGGAACCAAUAGAAUUAAGGUCGAUGAAGUGUCCGUGCACUCUUCGGCAUGA